UUGUCUUCCUACUUCCCACUUCUCUCUGACCUGACCGGCCAAAAUGUCUUCGGAAGUUCUUCCGGCUCCCGAUCAAACCCAUCCAAUAUCUCAGUCUCUACCAUCAUCUCCAUCAUAGACUCUCUAAAAUUCUUAAAGAUCUCUCUGAAUACAAUACUACUGGAUAUUCCAUCUUAUUACAUAUUGUUCCAAAAGUUGUCUACUAACUCACUGAUUCGAUCAGGUAUGCAUAUAUAUGGAGUACUAAAAGGUAUUGAAUACUGCCGACUCUCUGAACACUACCCUUGAAGAUCUCUUCUUUCUUCCAUUCUUAGACUUUGAAAUGUAAUGCGGCUCUCUUUCAGGUUUGGAAUUUCCUCAAUCUCUAGAAGGCAAGUUUACUGCCUUCCUCUUCGGUGAAACAGGGAAGACAAGGCAGUCUUCGUUUUCUGGGGAAUGAAUCGUGGGGUUGUUCUUGUUUUUGUUGUGUUCUUGUUUCUGCUGUUGGGUUUGUAAAAGAACCAGUAAUUUGAUAAUCUAAGUAAAAAUGUUAGAGAUUAAAAAAAUAAUAUGUAGGAAAUAUGAUGAAAUAAUUAAUUAUAUAAUAUAUGAAUUGGAGGUGGGUUAUUAUACAUUAGUGAACAACUUACAUGUUUGGAUUGAUUUCAUUUAAUGACAAGAAUCCAUAGUUGUAAUAGUUGUAAAAGUGAUGUAUUGAAUUGAUGAAUUUAUUGUCCAAUAUUUAAAAUAAAUGACACUUUUAUAUGAUAAGGAAUAAUUUUCAAGUAUCAUAUAAUGUGACUUGAUGAGACCAAACAACCGGUGUGCUAGUAUACACAUACCUCAAGUCAAUAGUCGGUCAUUCAUUUUUGGGGACAAAAUUCUGGAAUGAUCUUUAAUAAAAUUAAAGUCUACGAAAGUUAAAUUGCGUUAAGUAAUAUUGCUUGUUGACUAAGUUGUAAUAUGAAAGUGCACUUUGAAUUUAAAAUUUUGAAUUUAAAAGUGCUAAGUCAUACUUAGUUGGUUUUGAUCCGAUAAGCUCGGCUCGUGGCAAUAUUAUAGGGCCAAUUAAACUUUGUGACCCAUACUCAAUCCAUAUAUCUGAUUUCCAAGGAUAUACAUCCCAUUGCACGUUCGUAGUAUUCCUUUUUAAUAUACCGAAGCACUCCAACAUUCUAGCUCUUUGAGAAUACCACUUACACACAUUCAUACUAGGUCGGAUAUUCCUUGGAAUUCCACUUAGUGGAGUUAUUCCAAAUUCUUUGAUUAUUAUUGAGAAGCCAUACUGAUAUUUCAUAUCGAGUGUAUCUAUACGAAUUAUAUUCUUCUCCUAUCGUGGGUUCUUCUCUAGUCAACGGCAAAUCGGGCAACGGUCGGAGUGUUUCUGUCAAGCAAGCUUAAGGACUGAAACUGAGGUAGGAUUAUCCUGGAAGCGAGUUGGCCAGUCCCGUUCGAGUAGCUAUCGAGAUACGGGGGCUAUCUUUCUUCAAGGCCAGUCCGGUUAACGGACGAUCUUACGCUAAGUCUUUCUUUCUCUACUUUUUAUACUAGUUUUUUUUGUAUCUAAUUAUUGUUUUUUUUAAUUGUUCUUGCAUUUGGUGGUUUGUGUGGUGAUUUGUGAUUAAACUCGGGAUUUUAUCUGACUAAACUCGCAUUAUUAAUACUAUUUUUUCUAACAAUCUUGAAGAAAGAUAUUAUUUCUCGAGUUUUGAAAAUCCAAUAUGACGAACUUGGAAAAUGCUGCUACUUCUGAAAACGUUGUUGUUGAGAAUAAUGUGAAUGAAAUCCCUGAAAAUAAUGUUAAUUUUGUGUCUGUGACUAAUUCUGGAGACACACCUGAAUUUGUUGCCACAGGCUCUCACAGGGUUGAUUUGACCGGAAUGCCUGAAAAAUUUUCUGGGCAUUUUUUCAAACGUUGGCAAUAACGCAUGAAAAUUUGGUUAAUCACCAAGGGUUUUCUCUCGGUAAUUAUGACAGUGUGUCCCCCCGUUGUCGAGUUUGAUCCCAAAAGUCUUGAACGCCAAACUUUAUGGCGUGAGAGGAAUGAAAUAGCCAAAGGAGUGAUAUUGUUGGGACUCUCCGACAUGUUAUUUGAUGUCUAUUGCACCCUCCACGGCACGGCUAAAGACCUUUGGGAUGAGUUGGAUAGGAAAUAUAAUACUGAUGACCACGGUCUGGAAAAGUAUAUUGUUUCCAAAUUCUUGAGAUUCGACAUGAAAGAGGGAAAAUUUGUUUUAGAACAAACACGAGAAUUUGAGCUUAUCUUACAUUCUCUCCGUGAAGCAGAUAUGGAAUUGUCUGAAAAAUUUAAAGUCAUGGCUGUAAUUGAAAAAUUCCCCAAAUCGUGGGAAGAUUUUGGUUUGACUUUAAAACACAAAAUGAAAAAGAUAACUUGGAAAAGUUUGAUGCAUUCCAUUACUGUUGAGGAAGAACAUAAGAAAGCGGGUUAUAUUGUGCCUGUUGAAUUUCAGCCAAAGGCUCAUGUUGUAACCGGGGGAAAGCAGUCACAAAAUUCUAAAAAUAAACAACCAUCAUCUUUUAAACCAAUAAAGGCCAAAUUAAAAAUUGCAAAGAAACCAAAGGCAAACUGGCCAUGCUGGAACUGUGGACAGAUGGGGCAUUGGGCCAAAUUAUGCCCAAAUAAAAAGGCUAAGGCUCAAUCCGGUGGACCUCAAGUCAACGUGGUGACUGGAGGAACUAGUUCCGAUGGCCUGCGGUCGGAAGAACAGUGAUGAUGGGAAACACAAGUGUUGCUAGUGUGCAUGGAGUUGGAAAAGUAGAAAUAAAAUUUCCUUCGGGAAAAAUUCUUACUUUGCAUGGAGUGCAUCAUGUUCCCGAAAUUAGAAGGAACAUUGUUAGUGGUUCCAUUCUUGUUAGAGAGGGUUAUGAAUUAUCUUUUAAAUUAAAUAAAGUUGUAAUUUUAUUUGGUGGGACUUUUAUUGGCAAGGGUUACUUGUCAGAUGGACUUUUCAAGAUUGUGGUUGAUUAUUUGGAAUUAAAUUAUGUAUCUGAGAAUUGUGAUUCUUCAACUUUGUGGCAUUAUCGUUUGGGUCACG